GCCGGCUCUGAGCGUGCGGCGCGUUCCGCCUAGCCCGGAAGCGCCUCCCGGCCGCGCUCCAGGUCCCCCCCUCCCCUCCCCCCUUCGCGGAGCCCAGGUGCUGCCCGGAGAGCGCCCCCCCUCCCCUCCCCCCUCCGCGGAGAGCCGGUGCUGCCCGGAGAACGCCCCCCCCUCCCCAUCCCCGCCCUCACCGGGGGGGCACGCGCCUCUCCCUCCCGCCCCUUCACGCCGGUUCGCUCACGCAGGAGGCGCGGGGGGGGCCCGCGCGGGGCGCCUCGCGUGCCGCCCCCCCGCCCCCCAACGGUCGCGGUCUCGGAGGCCCGGGGCAGAGCCGAGGGGCCGGCUGGCCGGGCGGGCGGGCAUGCAGCCGCCGCCGGAGCCGAGCCCCCAGCGCAGCACGAAAAUGCCAGAAGCCUCAGAAGACCGUAAUCAAUGGAAGGUCUGUUGACUUCCACUUUUUGGUAAUCUGGAACAUCAUCGAUCUGGCAUGGCGCAGGGCAGUCAACAACUUGAUGUGCAGGUACUCCAUGAUCUCCGACAACGUUUCCCUGAGAUACCUGAAGGGGUGGUAUCUCAGUGCAUGCUUCAGAACAAUAACAACCUAGAUGCCUGUUGUCGAGCCCUUGCACAGGAGAGCAACAAAUACUUGUAUAUGGAGUACCAUAGCCCCGAUGACACCAGAAUGAAUAGGAAUAGCCUUUUGCACAUUAAUCUGGGUAUUCAUCCUCAUACCAGCUAUCAAGCAGGGGAUGGAGCUCAACUUAAUGGUGGUCGUACACUGGUACACAGUUCAAGCGAUGGACAUAUUGAUCCACAACGCACAGCAGGUAAACAGCUGAUAUGCUUAGUUCAAGAACCACAUUCUGCUCCUGCUGUUGUGGCAGCUUCUCCUAGUUACAAUCCUUUUUUCAUGAAUGACCAGAAUAGAAAUGCAGCUACUCCUCCUCCACAGCCACCUCCUCAGCCAUCUUCCAUACAACCAGGAAUGAACACAUCUGCUAUGCAAGGCCCUCCUCCCACGUAUAUGCACAUACCUCGGUACAGUACAAAUCCCAUUACUGUUACAGUAUCACAAAACCUCCCCUCUGGACAGAGUGUACCCAGAGCUCUACAAAUUCUUCCACAGAUUCCAAGCAAUCUUUAUGGGACUCCCGGCUCUAUUUAUAUAAGACAAACAUCUCAGAGUUCUUCAGGACGACAGACUCCUCAAAAUACACAGUGGCAUUCGUCGCCACAGGGCCCAGUUCCACAUUAUACUCCCCGUCCUCUACCUGUGUAUCCACAUCAACAGAACUAUCAACCUUCUCAGUAUUCUCCUAAACAAGCUCAGAUCCCUCAGUCAGCUUUUCGAUCACCACCGGCAUCCCAGUGUCCGUCUCCCUUUGGCUCUCCUCAACACCAAGUUCAGCCUCCUCAGUUGAGUCAUCAGAGUUCACACGUUUUCAUGCCUCCCAGUCCUUCAACUGUCCCACCCCAUCCAUAUCAGCAAGCUUCCCAGACUUUUCAAAAACAAGGCGGUCACUCUGUAUCGUAUCUUCCUCCUUUUGCUGGACCUAGUUUAUCCAAAGGUUCCAUGAAUAAAAUAGAAAUUACAGUUGAGCCACCACAAAGACCUGGGACUGCAAUGAACCGAAGUCCUUCACCAAUAAGUAAUCAACCAUCUCAACGAAACCAGCACCCACUGUAUACACCCACUACUCCUCCUUCAAGCUCUCCAUCAAGAGGUAUGUCAGGUCAACCCAAACCUCCAUUUAGUGUUAAUCCAGUAUAUAUUACCUACACUCAACCAACUGGACCUACAGGUGCACCAACACAGUCUCCUCGGGUAAUGGUAUCUCAGCCAAACCCAACCAUUUUUAAAAUCACAGUAGGGCGAGCACCGACUGAGAAUCUUUUAAAUUUAGUGGACCAAGAAGAGCGUUCUGCAGCACCAGAACCUAUUCAGCCUAUUUCUGUAAUCCCAGGAUCUGGAGGAGAAAAAGGAAGCCAUAAGUAUCAGAGAAGUUCUAGUUCUGGAUCAGACGACUAUGCUUACACUCAAGCCUUGCUGUUACAUCAACGAGCAAGGAUGGAGAGAUUAGCAAAGGAACUGAAGCUUGAGAAAGAAGAGCUUGAACGCUUGAAAGCUGAAGUCAAUGGUAUGGAGCAUGAUCUAAUGCAGAGGCGUCUUCGAAGAGUUAGCUGUACAACUGCAAUUCCAACACCUGAGGAAAUGACCAGACUGAGAAGCCUCAACAGACAGCUCCAGAUAAAUGUUGACUGUACACUGAAAGAAGUUGAUCUCCUUCAAUCUAGAGGGAACUUUGAUCCGAAAGCCACAUGUAACUUCUAUGAUAACAUAGAGCCUGGUCCUGUUGUGCCACCAAAGCCAUAUAAAAAGGAACAUCAAAACAGCUCCAAACAGACUCCACGGACUCAGCCAAGAGAUGAAGACUUUGAAGGGGCUCCAUGGAAUUGCGAUAGCUGCACCUUUCUAAACCACCCAGCACUAAAUCGCUGUGAGCAAUGCGAAAUGCCACGAUACACUUGAAAAGCAGGAAGGGGCUGCAUUGGGUUUAAAACAGGCUCUCAAGCCGACAGCUGUAGGAGAAGGAAACAUGGGGAACCUUUCAGUCCAUCUGCCCGGCCUUUGCAAGUCGACAAUCUUCAUAUUGCAAGGGUGGGAGUAAUGUGCUAAGAUGUUUCUGCUUGUGCUACACUGAAAAAAAAGAUAAAUUAAGGGUGAAAUUCUCUCUUAUCCCAUUGCAGUGAGCAAAGCAGAAAAAGAAACCUGAAAAUGUAAAAGGAUUCAUUUUGGGAAGAAUGUAAUACAAGAAAGCAAAUAACUACUGGUAUUUAUUCCUGUGGUUAUAGUUACUGCUUAGUGGCUCUAAAUAAAAUUUUAAAAAAAGAAUGAAAAAACCAAACCACAACAACCCACACCAAUAAAAAAAAAAGUUUUUUAGAAAAAGAACAAAAUUCUAGGACCUUAGUAAUGGUGUGAAAUGUUACACUGAACCAGAAAAACUGAAGAGCCAGAGCUGACUUAUCCUGGCCACAGCUAGCUGGAAAACAAAGGCUCCCUGUGCUUCUAGAUUGUAAGCUACUGAAAAAGAAGACAGGUAAAUGCAAUGAUAAAAUUUGCAAUGCAUUACAAACAAACAAACAAAAAACCAACAAAAACAAACAAGGAGAAGAGUAUUUGUAAUUGCUGCUUUUUUUCAGGGUAACUUAUGUCUACAAAAAAAUUGCUGUUUGAAAUAGUAACCUAAGGGGACUAAAUGAGAUGCUGUAUGAGUGUUCCCGAGAGCUUAAGCUGAGGUAAAUUUUUACAAUCCCUUUUGCUUGUACAGUGCUCACCUGGCUGUGUCAACAAUGGUAAUAAACUAAAACUGAAUUCUACCAUGCUGCUGCAUGCUUUCAUUAGGCCAUUGUGUUUCAAAGCUAAAAGUAUGCUUCUGUACACAACAAUCUCCUAAGCCUGUGCUCUGGAGCAGCACGGUGACAUAUGCCAAGCAGACUAAUCCAAAUUUGGUUUGGAAGGCUUGAGCUCAGCCAUGGGUGAGUAUGAGAAGAUUUUGUACCCAGUUCCUUAGGCCUUUUCAGCUUCCAAUUUUUGAAGAAUUCAUGAUGUUUACAGCACAGAAGGUACUUUGUGCCCCAGUUUAAAGUUAGCUGAAAGAUAAUCAAUCAAUUAGCUCUUCAGUAAAGGUUUAUUUGCACAUUGUAGAUAAACCAGCCUGUGUAAAAUAGCAGAUGCCAGAUUUUGAGAGAUUACACAUGGCAUUUUUUAUUUUUCUUCUUUUUGGGUCAGGAAAUACUUGCCAUAGGUUGAAGAACAUAAGACUUGGAACUGAAAAAUCAUACUGGUACUUCGAUGCAUAUGAUAUACUGUACUAUAAAGGUGAUCUUCAGUUUGUUUGAAUGCUUCAGGUUGCUGUAAUAAAGCACUCAAUACUUUUGAAAUCAGACUUGGAUUUGGGCAGCUGAAUGCUUGUAUUACACAACUGUGCAACUGAACAGGACGUUCUUGUGUACUGGUCAAGCUGGCCCAGUGCAUUUGAGUUAUUUUUAUAUUGUAACUCUGUCGAGAUUCAGAGACACAACCAAGCACAUCAGCUGAGUUAUGGUAAUUGACUUUGCAACUGUGAGCAACCUGUGCUAGCUAAACCUCACCAGAAGAGGCUGAAACUGUUUCAUUGGAAAUUCUUCAUAGCUCGUGGCAGCCACAUCCAUACGGUCAAUUUCCACAGUUCCCUUGAUGUGUGGUAAUGUGUUAAGCUGUGGUAGAACAAUCAUGUGUCUGAAUCGUUACUUCAAAUUAAGCAGCAUUUUUAAAGGGUGGGUGGUGGAAAACUCAUUUUGGCUGCAUUGCUUAAUCUGGUGUCUUCACUCCCUGCAGUUUAGAAAGAGAACAGUAAAAAAACCCAAAACCAACCCUGUGAUCUUAGAUGAGGAACCAAUACUUGAUUUGGCAUUUUUCAAUAUGUUCUUGCACUAAUUAAAUUUUCAGUGUAAUUUUAAGUAAAACUAGGAGAUCUCCAGCAAUCAGUAUGCACCACUGACAAGCAAAAUAAAGUCAAAGGCAUCAAAGCCCAUUCCCCCUUCCCCAGUUAGAUGGCCUAACUAAACCAAGAUAGCUGGAGAGCAGCUGAGCAUAAGCAUUAUGCCUAAGAUAAGCAGUACUGUUGCUGUUAUCAGCUGUCUAAUGAAUUACUCAAAACAAUCCCAGUAACUUCAUGACUUUUCUAUUGUGAUGCUUUUGUACUACUUCAAUUUUCAUUUGUGCAUCUGUUGAAGUUCUAGAAGCAUUUGGUUUUGCUGGAACUGCAAACUGAUAGCAGCUGAAAUGACAGUCAGCAAAUGAGGAUAGGUGUUUUGUGCAUCACUAUAGUUGUGCUGCUUUUGGACAGAAUCAGUGCUACUUCUGAAGGGGGAGAGGAAAAUGCAUGCAGUCAGUAAUUCCCUGAGCUGUAACAACCCUACCUAGGCAGUUGCUGCCAUUAGUUGUAGCUUCACCAGAGGGAGAGAAGGAAUGCUGCCAUAACAAGAAGACUCUUGGAAAACUGAGUGCCAUUAAAUAGCAAAUUAAUUCCUUCAUACUGAUAAAUGUACUUCAUUUUUUUCCAGUUACUUUCAUUUGUUGCUUGUACAAAAGAAAACCCAACAACCCAAACCAACAAGCCCUUCCGUUGUUCUUUUCCUUGUAAAUGCCCAUAUUCAAACAUUAAUAGCAAAGCCUUUUUACAUGGUGCUUGAAUAUUUCUAGUUUGUUAGAAUGUAAAUUGUAUCUUGGGUAUCGGAAGAUCCAUUUUCCUUCUCGAAAGCAGGUGAUGCUGUUCACAUCCCAACCCAAUUCUAGAUUAUGCCAAAAAGAAAGGGGAGGGAAAAAAGAAAAAGAUUGGUUUAUGUAAUAUUUAUUGACUGCACAUAAAAACCCUAAUGUCAGCUGGCAUACAAAAUGCACUGUAUUGUAUACAACUUCUGUCUGGGUGUGAAUGGAGAGGGGUGCUGAUGCCAUUGUGUUAAUGCACUACUUGUGUUUUCUUUUUGUUUUCUGUUUUCCUUACCGACUGAGCUUUUUCCUUCAACCACGCUACUUCAAGUGUAGUGUUUGUAACUGACCUUGGACGUUCAGAUGUUUGAAAUGAUUUCACUGUUCACUGAAAAUUUUAUAAAGCUUAUUUUCUGUUUACCAUGCUAUGAAGAUGAAUUCCCUUGAAUUAUAGAAUACUGCUGUAGCUCUUUAAAAAGUCUGCUUUAGAGUGGGGCUUGUGGAAAGGUGAUUCAGACCAUCGUCAACCAAAAGAAAUCCUGAACUUUGGAUCUUACUUUUAAUUUGAUGUAAUUAUUAAUCUCCUUUGGGCGAAGAGGAUAGGGGUGGGAAGUCAAGCAAAAGGAAUUCCUUUGUAAAAUGUAGUCUUAGAUCAGAUUGAAUUUGUGUCUCCGUGUGUCUGUGGUAUGUGUGUGUUUCCCUUGAAAAAUGGGAGGUGUGGUGAAAAGUGUAAUAAUUCUUACAAGAGCUGGUCUCAGUACUUUCUGAUUAUGAUAUGCUACUAAGUCACUUUUUUUUUGUUGUUGUUAUUAAGAAAACCCCUUCUCUUCCACUUUACUUUUCUCUGUCCCAGUUACACAUCUCUCAUUUCAAGUUCUAAAUACUUUUAAAUAUUGAUUGUAAAAAAAAAAAAACAACCAACCCUUGGAAACCGAAAAUAAAAAAUACUUGAGUCGAAACAGGGUCAAAACAAACUAAACCCAAUAAAGAAUGUUGUUUAAAAAAAAAAAAAGAAUGUGAGAAUAUUAAAUAUGCUAUAAACAAGCUUGUUGUUGUUUUAAAAAUUCAGUGGUAUACCCUAGAAUGUGAAAAUGGCUAACCUGAGGAGAAGCGGACAGCUGGACACAAACAGUUUAUCAGCUCGUUUUUUGCCGCAGGAUUUGCAGUGACUCUAAAUCCGUAAAGAAAGAAGAUGUGCACAGAUGAUCACAGCUCAUAGUCAGUACUGUCUCUAUGUGCUGCAGCAUUUCUUUUUUUCUUCCACAGCAUCGAUAUUCUGACUGAAUUUUGCCAGAUUCCUUCAGUUUUUGGGGCUUUCACUGCUGUUUUACAUCCAUAAAUACUAAUGGAACUCUUUUUUUUUGAGGGGGGUGGGGAGAAUAAUCGGAAACAAUGGAGUUAAUGCAAUAUUAUAAUCCUGGAUUUUCAGUACCUUUGAUGAAAGCAGUUUAAAAAAAAGGAUUAAAAAAAAAGUGUUCUUGAAACUUAUUUAUUUAUGGUGGCACCAGUGUAUCUAAUCUAUAUUUCCUGCUGUGUGAAACCCUGUUUUUUUUUUUUUUUCAUUAAAAAAGAAAAGAAGAUGACACAAUCUUGUUUAAACCUGUAUAUAUGGUGUCUACAUUCUAGAUUUGUGUAUGCUGUGAAUGAACUUAUUACUAAGAGAUGAUGAAAUUGUAUUAAAAAAACAAAAAAAAGCAUUCAGAGGCUAUGCAUGCAUGGUACCUCCAGAAAGUGCAUACUCCCGAGUUGCAGAUCCCUGCAAAAAAAUAAAUUAAUAAAACUAAGCAAACAUCA